AUGGCUCCAAGCAUAGCAACCGUGAAAAUAGCCAAGGAUAUGGUCCUGCCUUUACGCAUAUUCGUCAACCGGAAGCAGCUUCUUCAGAGCAGUGAUAACAUUAGUAACAAAUCCGAUGCAACUAUAUUUGAAGCACCAUUAUUAUCAAACAACUCUAUUAUUUGCUUAAAAUCACCGAACACAAGAAUAUAUUUAUCUCAACAGGAUAAGAGAAACCUUUGUGAUGAGAUUAAGGAGGACCUGCUAUUGAUUCUUUAUGAACUAGCCUCCCCCGAAAUCAUCACUUCUGUACUCAGUAAAAUAAGAAUUGGGCAUUCAGUUGAUUUUCAAACAAAAGUUUUGCCUAAACUUUUUGCGGGAGCUUACACAGAUGAUAUGGUAACCUCUCAUGUACAGGCUGUAACAAGAUUGGCUAAGUUUAAAUACAAGUUGCGCUACAAACAAAAGUGGGAACUGGACAUAUACAUUAAUAAUAUCAAGAACAUUGCUAACAUAAGGCAUUACUUGAUGUUCCAAACGUUAACAAUGAAUGGUUCUUCACUAAAUUCCGGCCCUAAAACGUUGCUAACUAGGAAAAUAGAAAAACAACCUCAAGUGCUUAAUCUAUUAAUAGAAAACGAGGAUUCAAAUGCUCUGGAUGUGCCGGUGGAAGAGAACAUAAAACCUGUGAUAGAGUUCAUGUACAAACCUGUUAUUAACUUGGGCGAAAUUAUAGAUGUACAUGUGUUGCAGAGACCAAGAAGACACAAAGUACGCACCCAACAGAAUAAACCGCAAGAGGAAUGA